UUGCCUCAAUUUUUUUCAGACACUGGCCAGAAGAAGACCCCAGACAAGAAAGAUGGGCGACGAAUGUCUUUUCAAAAGCCUAAAGGGACUAUUGAAUAUUCUGUGGAACCAAGAGAUACUUUAAACAGUAUUGCCUUGAAAUUUGAUACAACACCCAAUGAACUGGUUCAAUUAAAUAAGCUUUUCUCCAGAGCAGUCGUUCCUGGACAGAUUUUGUAUGUUCCUGACCCAGACUACAUUUCUAGUGUGGACAGCUCCCCCUCUCUAAGUCCUAUAAGUCCCCUUUCACCUACAUCUUCCGAAGCAGAGCUUGACAAGGCUACAGUAAAUGAUCCAGAUGGAAUCCAACAGAAAGAGUCAGCUGCUUCAGCAGCACAUACAUGUGUUCGUCCUACAAGAGUGGUAUCAUCCACCUCCGAAGAAGAGGAAGCAUUUACAGAGAAAUUUCUAAAAAUUAAUUGCAAGUACAUCACUAAUGGCAAGGGUACAGUCAAUGGUGUGCUGCUAGUGACGCCAAAUAAUAUAAUGUUUGAUCCUCAUAAAAUGGAUCCUCUGGUCCAAGAGAACGGCUGUGAAGAGUAUGGCAUCAUGUGUCCAAUGGAAGAAGUGAUGUCAGCUGCUCUGUAUAAAGAAAUUGUGGACAGCAAAAUUAAGGAUUCAUUAACCAUAGAUCUAGAACAGCUGUCUGUAAGAGAACUUUGCCAUUCCAAGAAAGCUGCAAAGAGCAAUACAGAUGAAAUGGAUUCCAAGAUUCGUGAUACAGGCAAUGACAGUGCUAGUACUGCCCCAAGGAGCACAGAAGAGUCUCUUUCAGAAGAUGUCUUCACAGAAUCAGAACUCUCUCCAAUACGUGAGGAACUUGUUUCCUCAGAUGAGCUUCGACAAGACAAAUCUUCUGGAGCAUCAUCAGAAUCUGUCCAAACAAUAAACCAGACUAGUGCUGAAUGUUUAACAAUCAUUUCGGACUCAAAUGAAGCUGCCAGUGACUUGAAACCCAGUGCCGAAAUGGUUGUAAAUGUUAAACAGUUUGGUAUCUGUAGCUUAGGUUCAGAAAGUGCUGAAAUGUUUACAAAGGGGGGACAAGAACCUAGUGAAAACAUUGCAGAUGUCCUCCAGCAGUCUUUACAAGGAUCAUGUGAUAGUGAAGAGCAUAACAGAGAGGCAGAAGUGGGCAACAAUCAAGAUUCCUCGUUGGGAAAAGAACAAGAAAGAGAGAGUAAGACAGGAGAGGAGUGUUCAAGUUGUGAAGAUACCACAGACUCUCAAAAGAAAGAGACAACUAGCAAAGGAAAAGUAGUGAAAGCGCAAACUCAAGACUCUGAAACAGAAGUUGAGGAACUCCGCAAGCUCUGGAAGACCCACACUAUGCAGCAAACCAAACAACAAAGAGAAAACAUGCAACAGGAUUCACAAAAAGAAAUUAGUCAGAAAACUGUGACUGCAGGAGAUGGGCAAUUAGAAGGUUCUUUUCUUACAAAAGAAAAAAGACGGCAUCGAUCUCACAAGUUUCUGCGUCUCAGGGUUGGAAAACCCAUGAGAAAAACAUUUGUUUCACAAGCAAGUGCAUCAAUGCAACAGUAUGCACAGAGGGAUAAAAAACAUGAGUACUGGUUUGCUGUUCCACAAGAAAGGACAGAUCACUUGUAUGUCUUCUUUAUCCAGUGGAGUCCAGAGAUAUAUGCAGAAGAUACUGGGGAAUCUCUUCGAGAACCUGGAUUUAUAGUGGUAAAAAAGAAGGAAGAGCCUGAAACUAGUGAAGAAUCUACUACUGAAGAUGCUGCUAAAGAGUGGGAGGUAGUGUCAGUGGCUGAGUAUCACCGCAGGAUCGAUGCUCUAAAUAGCGAAGAACUGCGCACACUCUGCAGACGUCUCCAGAUAACAACAAGAGAAGAUAUAAAUUCAAAACAAGCAACCAAUAUCAAAACAGACCUGGAGCCUGAAGUAUUCCGGCCAAAUCUUAGCGAUCCCAGUGAAUUACUACAGCCAGAACAAAUUGAAAAGCUCACCAAGUCCCUUCCACCAAGGACCAUUGGAUAUCCAUGGACUCUUGUCUACAGUACUGCAAAGCAUGGCAUGAGCUUGAAGACUUUGUAUCGAACUAUGCUGGGAUUAGACACGCCUGUGCUGUUGGUUAUCAAGGACAGUGAUGGACAGGUUUUUGGUGCACUAGCAUCUGAACCAUUUAAAGUGAGUGAUGGCUUUUAUGGCACUGGGGAGACCUUCAUGUUCACUUUCUCUCCAGAUUUUGAGGUUUUCAAGUGGACAGGAGACAACAUGUUCUUCAUUAAAGGAGACAUGGACUCCCUUGCUUUUGGUGGAGGAGGAGGGGAGUUUGCUCUUUGGCUCGAUGGCGAUCUCUACCAUGGAAGAAGUCAUUCAUGUAAAACAUUCGGGAAUCACACACUUUCUAAGCGAGAAGACUUCAUUAUUCAAGACAUAGAAAUAUGGGCUUUUGAAUGAGGAUUUAACUAUUUCUACAGGGUAUUGUCCCAAACCUGACAUGAAUCAGUGCAGCUCAAAAAUCCCUAGGAGCAAUAUAAUGCACCAGUUUACCUUUCUCAUUUCUUUUGUAAGUUUUCAGCGUGGCCAUCUAGUUGUUAUUUUUAAAUAGCAG